AUGAUAUCUGCUUUUGCUGAGAGAUGGCAUGCAGAGACUAGUUCAUUUCACCUACCAUUCGGUGAAAUGACUAUUACUCUUGACGACGUCAGGGGUCUUUUGAGCAUCCCGUGUACUGGAGAGUUUUUCACACCUCCCGCAAAUGUCAAUGAAGAUUUGGCAAUUGAUGCUGCUGUUGAGUUGUUGGGGGUUACAUAUGAUGAAGCUGUCAUUGAGACUAGGACCAAUAGAGGGGCUUCGUAUAGUUUUGAGUGGUUGAAAGAGGUAUUUUUUAAGAAACUUCAUGAACGAAGAUAUGACUGUGCAGCUAGGGCAUAUCUACUUCAUUUGGUAGGAUGUACCAUUCUUGCGGAUAAAAGUUUUACACUUGUAUCUGCAAAAUAUCUCUUUCUAUUUCAAGAUCUUGAUAGUUGUGGUAAAUGGGCAUGGGGACCGGCUGCACUUGUUGUGCUAUAUGACUAUCUUAGAGACAGUACAUUGUCUGCAACCAAACAGAUUGGAGGAUAUUUGUCUUUAUUUCAGACUUGGAUUUAUGAACAUUUCCCUGAUAUUUGUAAACGGGAUAUGGAUGAGCAUAUUUCCUCGAUGCCACGGAUGUUUCGUUGGACGGCAAAACAAACAUCUGGGAAUGUGGCAUAUUACAGGGCAAAGUUGGAUGCUUUGAGGGAUACAGAUAUUAUCUGGGCACCAGAUUACGAUCAGAACGCUGUGACACGAUUUCAGUCUGUGUCAUUAUUUACAGGAUACAUUCGUUGGUGUUUCACGAUGGUUCCGUAUUUACCUGAGAGGUGUAUACGACAGUUUGGGUAUACUCAACACAUUCCUCCUACACCACCGAUGCUUGUUGCACGUGAUGUCGACGUUGAAUGGAGUAUGUACCGGAAUUCUGUACGAUCACUUCGAGCUAGAUUGCAUCCAGCUGCAUAUCCACAUGAGUGUGUUGAGGGAUACAUCCAGUGGUAUUAUAGGAUAUCUCAUCCUCGGAUGAUCCCUUAUGUUGCUGCAUAUGCUGGUCCUAGUUAUGAUGCUGAUGCUGGUCCUAGUCAUGAUGCUGAUGAAUGGUCAUCCACUUCUCAUUACCUUGGUUUUCCAACUCAGUUACAAGUAAAGACUCUGUCACUUCUUGCAAACGUUCCUUGA